AUGGAGUUCGUAGUAAAGAGCCAGGUUGCAAAGUGUAAGAAGUGUGAAUUUUGGCUCGAUCAGGUUGCCUUUUUGGGACAUAUCGUAUUAGCAGAUGGAAUCAAGGUGGACCCUGGAAAGGUCGAGGCUAUUACCAACUGGCUGAAACCUAGCACUGUGACGGAGGUGAGGAGUUUUCUAGGACUUGCUGCCUAUUAUCGACGAUUUGUUGGGGGUUUCUCGACCAUUGCUAUGUCAUUGACGCAGUUGACUCGGAAAAGCAACAAAUUCAAAUGGACUGAUGAAUGUGAGGCUAGUUUUCAGGAAUUGAAGAAGAGACUUGUGAAAUCUCAAGUUUGA